AUGAUGGAAGCCAUAAUACAAACGGUUAAACAUUACCGACCGUAUUUAAACACAUGUCACCUACCCUGUCUCCCCUCAGGACUGAAAAAACGUACCCGGAAGGCCUUUGGGCUUCGGAAGAAAGAAAAGGACACAGAUGCCACGGGAUCACCUGAAAAAGACAAAUCUAAAAAAGCCAAUGGAGCGCCAAAUGGUUUUUAUGGAGAAAUAGACUGGGACAGAUAUAAUUCCCCUGAUGUGGAUGACGAAGGAUACAGCCACAAACCAGGAGAGCAAGGAGGAGUGGCCCCCAAAGGUAAGACCUUCUGCUCGUCCAGCGAGUCUGAGGGAGAGGAAGACCAAAGCAAGAAGUUCAAGAUAAAGAUCAAACCUCUCGUCUCUGACAGCAACAAAAGCACCAUGCCCACCAUGGACGAGCUUAAGGCAUCCGUGGGCACCUUGGCCAUCUCUCCCUCCCCUCUGAGAAAAAGUCCGAGACGUAGUCCGGGUCAGAUCAAGAGAAAUCUUUCAAGUGAGGAGAUUGCCAGACCUAGACGCUCAACACCCACACCCACACCCACACCAGGCCCUGGUCCCGAUACACCCAGUAAAAGAGUAACUGAGAAUGCCUCGGUGUUCUUUGGCCCUCCUUUUGAGGCAAACUUUGACACUCAGAACACAGAAGUCUUUAUUGUGGAGCCAGAACUCUGGUGUCAGCCGACCCCUUACUCCUCCUCCCCCUCCAACAGAACCUUCCCCUUGGGAGCCCCACCGCCACUUCCUCCCAAGAACAUUCCCGCCACUCCGACUGGCCGCAGCACCAGCUCCGCGGGAUCCUCUGGUUAUUACAGUGUUGUGCCCAGUGUCAGAGGAGAUGGUUCUGCCUCAGCUUAUCGGGACGUACUACUGUCAGAUGCCCCUGGGGGGCCAUCUAUGCCUGACUUGGACAAUGUCUUUGGACCUGCUGAGACGCCUAAAAUCAGAGAGGAGUUGGUACAGUCCAGCUGGGUGUCCUUUGGUGAAAGCUCGCCUGCUAGGCCACCUCCCCCAGAUGAACCUGCGCCUUCCCCUCCUCUCUCCUCUUCUCCUGACUCUUCCCCUUCCUCACCACUCCACCUCCCGCCUCCAGUUUCUCCCCCUCCUCCACUUAACCCAAUCCCUCCACCAGAUUCCCCUCCUCCACCUCCUCCGUCCACCUCUCCACCCCCUGACUCUCCUUUGGGGUCCCCAACUGAAGAAUCAGUCCCCAGUUUACCUUCCGCCUAUCAGCCGUCCGACCAGGACGCGCCCCUUGUCACCUCAGGGACCUCGCUCAAAGAGGAGUCCUGGGCCUCUACUCCAGCAAGUCCAGGUUUGCCUCCUCUUCCAGCUGAGCGCUCCCCACAUGGUCGAAUUCCAUCUCCUCUGGUGCUGAGGGAGGAGGCCAGAAGGACCCCAGAGACAGUGGCUUUAAGAGAGGAGCUCCCCCCAUUUGGGACCUCACCCAAAGAGUUUGUCCAAGGAGCCUUGCGGGGGACUCCUCCUCCUUUGCCACCUCCAACAUACAGGAGUGUAGUGGCCUCCCCAGGGCCAGCCAGCGGGCCCUCCUCUCCAGCGCGCCCUGGUACUCCUCUGUCAGCAGGUAGUCCAAUCCCACCUCUGCCACCACGACCUUCCUCACGACCAAAACUACCGCCUGGGAAACCAAACGUCGGAGACUUGUCUCGUCCAUUUAGUCCCCCUAUUCACUCCUGGAGCCCUCCACCCUUUGCUCCACUAGCCCGUGCCGAGAGCACCUCCUCCAUCUCCUCCGUCACCUCUCUGAGUGCAGCAUCCACUCCCACAUUGGGCAGAGAGCUCAACCUGUCUGUCUCAGCAUGCUCCAGAGGGCCCAGUCCCCUCACCAUGGGGCACCAGGACACUCUCCCUGUAGCAGCUGCCUUCACAGAGACUAUCAGCGCCUACUUCAAAGGAGCAGACCCAAGCAAAUGUAUGGUGAAGAUCACUGGUGAGAUGGUCUUGUCUUUUCCGGCGGGAAUCACACGGCACUUUGCUGCUCACCCAAGCCCUCCUGUUCUAACCUUCAACAUCACCCACUACAACAGGCUGGAGCAAGUCCUUCCCAAUCCACAGCUGCUCUGCUGUGACUCUGCCUCUGCUAACACUGACUCUAAGGAGUUCUGGGUGAACAUGCCAAACCUUAUGUGCCAUUUGAAGAAGGUGGCAGAUCAGAGGCCGCAAGCGACCUACUACAACGUGGACAUGCUCAAGUACCAGGUGUCAGCAGAGGGCAUUCAGUCCACGCCCCUUAACCUGGCCGUGAGCUGGAGAGGCGAUGCCACUAGCACUGACCUCAGGAUAGACUACAAAUACAACACAGAGGCCAUGCCCACCCCCACGCCCCUCACCAACAUCCAGUUCCUGGUGCCAGUGGACGGGGGAGUGGCCAAACUCCAAGCAAUGGUCCCGCCUGCAACCUGGAACCCAGAGCAACAGAAGAUACUGUGGAAGAUUCCAGAGCUCUCUCAGAAGUCAGAAAAUGGAGGAGUCGGUGCUCUGCUAGGUCGGUUCCAGUUGACCGACGGUCCCAGUAAACCCUCCCAGCUAGCUGUGCAGUUCACCAGUGAGGGCAGCACUCUCUCCGGCUGUGACUUCCAGCUGGUCGGACAGGGCUACCGACUCUCCCUGGUCAAGAAGCGGUUCUCAGCAGGGAAAUACCUGGCUGAUAAUUGA